AUGGGCUCCGUGUAUGUGCCACCAAACCUGAGCGGUGGCCGCGGCGACAGCGGCACCACUCGCAGCAGCUGCUCGGGCGGCUGCUCUUCGGAGCAGCAGAUCGCGUAUGAUUAUAUUCGUAGCUAUCUGAACGCCCACAUGCUCUCCAAGCCAUCAUGGCGGUAUUACUAUGUCCUUUGGUUCGUCCUCCUCGGUCUUCUGCUGCUCAGCUCCGCCGCACACUUCAAUGGCGUCGGCGAGCGGACGUUGAUCGGGGCCGUAUGGAACAAGUGGGCGACCAAGAAUCGUGUCAUCAAGAUUGGGAAGAAGCCCAGUUCUCUCACAGCAGGAUGGGCGCACGUCAUUCCUGACAGACGCGCUGGUCGUCGUCAUACUUCGGAACAGCUUGCUAGCGAUGUCUACGCUGCCAUCACUGCGCCCGCUGUACCUGAGUCGUACAAGCAACGCAGGAUCAUCACAUUCCCUUCUUUCGGGCGCAUGAUCGUCCUCGCGCUCAUGCUCGCCAUUCCAACCUGUCUCUCCCUCAUCGGUGCAGACUACAUCAACCCCAAUGCCAGCACGUUUGACAUCUCGCAGUCUUUCCCGAACGGCAAUGUUACGCCGCAGAACAUCCAGACCCAGCAGCGUCGUCGGAGCAGCCCGUCGCUCGUGGCGCAGCUCGCCCGUCGCGCGCUGCAAUGGGGCCAGGGAUCGUUCCCGAGUGUAACGACGCUGCCGGUCAAUACCACCAUCCCUUACCGCACCUGGUGGACCAUUGGCGGCCGCCUGGGCGGUAUGACCAACGCUCUCACACCCUUUGUCCUCCUGCUGGCGCUCAAGCAAGUGCCCUUUGCCCUUCUCUCCUUAAAGGCCUUUGGCGGCUUCGCCUUCGACAGGCUUAGCUUCCUGCACAAGUGGGGCGGACGCAUCGUGUGGCUCUUCGCCACCGUCCAUGUCGUCACGUGGAGCGUGCAGCUCGGUCUCGACCGCGCGCUCGGUGGUAAGAUGUUGUGGAGUCUUGCUUUCAUGUGGCCACGAUUCCGAUGGGGCUUUGUGUCAUACAUCUUCCUCACGUCCCUGGUCGCGCUCUCGGUCGGGCCCCUUCGGCGCAAGUAUUACGAAGUCUUUUACAUCACGCACAUCAUUUGCACUGUCGGCUUCAUGGUGUCCGCCUGGCUGCAUCAUCCGCCGCUGGGACCCUGGAUGUAUGCCGCGCUGCUGUGGUGGCUUGCAGAGCGCAUCACACGCGCAGCCAAGAUCGCAUGGAUCAACGGCAUCGGCUUCGUUGGUGCCAAGCCCCAAUUUGUCCCCGGUGCUGGAGCCCUUGAGCCACGGCACUUCCAACAGCAGCCACAGCCCACGUCGCUGCGGUACUCAUCGUUGUACGCACAUCAGCGGCAGAAUGGACGCAUGGCCCCUCCGAACCAGCUUUUCGCAUCUCGCUUGCCAUUUGCACCGAGCAACUCCGAACCCAACUACGCGGCCGCGCCGACACUGUCAUCGAGCACGAACAGCCAGGCUUCCGGCCCGACCGGCUCGACUCGGUCCCUCUCCCCGCCUUGGGGCAAUGUGCAGCCUCAACAGUAUCAGCAAGGCCGAGGGGGGUUAAGCGAGGGGAAGUUUCCCAACGAUCCGCUCUCCCAGUACGCGGCAGGGACAGAGGCUGCAGGACAUGGAUGCAUGCAGCCGGAUGCAGGUUUCAGCAUAGCUACAGGACCAAGAAGGCCGAGCGGCGGAGCGCCUGCGCACUACGAUGAAAUCAACAACGUCAUAUCGGCAUAUGCUCCGGUACGCAAGUCUGAAUACGCAACAGAAAGAUAUGAAGGUCACGAGUCGCAGCAUGGCACUCAAACAGCGCAAGCAAACAGCAACCGACCCGCUGCGCAGCUUAGUCCCACCAUGCACCGCUUCGUUGGCGUACAGCUCGAAGACGGUUCAUAUCCCCUCACAGCGCCGAUCGGUCACCAGGACGUGACUUCGUACUCGGACUCAGAGCACACGUUGGUGCGCCCGCCAUCCUCUACCGCGGACCACUACGGCGCCGCGCCUUCGGGUGGUAUGCACGAAAAGGCGCACAUGCUAGGCCGAGGGCAUUUUUCACAGAUGCGCUCGUCUGGUUCGACAUCAUAUAGCAGCAACGGCAGCAAUGGAGCGUCUGCAUAUGACUUCAUGAGCCCCAGCCAGAGCUUUGGCGACGUAGCCAAGGACCAGUGGGGCCAGCUGCGACGGGCCGUUCGGCCUGCCAUCUCGGUCGAAGUCGCUGCGGCGCUUCAACCCGGCUACGCAUUCGUCCAGCUGCUGCCUGGAAAGACGCUGCGUCUCACCAUCCGCACACCGCACCAUAUCUCAUGGCUUCCGGGGCAGUGGGUUAACCUGCAGAUCCCGUCUGUGAGGUUUUGGGAGACGCAUCCAUUCACAAUCGCAGCAGCGUACGAUGCCCAGUACCCUAGCCUGCCGGAUGCUAGCUUGGACGAUGCCGAGAAGGGUGUAUUGCCAAUGGGCAAGGUGAAAGGAGAGCAUCGCACUAUCGUCCUGCUUCUUCGCGCUCGCAACGGCUUCACAAAGCAGCUAUUCGAGUACGUCCAACAACAGCGACGCGUGCAGCUCGGCGCAACCCUCCAUGCCAACGCAGGCAUCAGCAAGGCCACCACCGGCGUGCAUCUCAGGGCGCUCAUCGAUGGUGCAUACGGCUCAUCGAAGCGUGUGGACUGGGGCUCACACUCCUCCAUCAUCAUCGUAUGCGCCGGGUCCGGUGUCUCGUUCGGCAUAUCAGUCCUCGAGCACCUCUGCGCCUGCAUCGCUGGCCGAGAGACGAUGGGCAGGGCGGGCAAGGGCGGCCGAUCGUUUCAUGUCAAGCAUGUCCGCUUUGUGUGGAUGCUGCGCGAAUUCUCGCAUUUGCAGUGGGUUGCAUCGGCGCUUCGGCGCUGCAUCGAGAUGAUCCCACCAGAGCAGCUUCAGAUCGAUCUUUAUGUCACGCAUUUCAACAAUCAAUCUGCUGUGCUUCCGCUGCCGUCACCAAUGGGCCCUCCAUCCGAAUUACACGGCCAACCGUCCAAGUCUUUCUCUCACGGGCACCAGUAUAGGGACAGCUGGGAUGAUGCGACUGAUCAGGCAUCUCCUUCGCCUUCCUUCCCAUCUCUAUCAUUGCACGGCAUGCAACAAGGCCCCCUGCCCCGGCAAGCGCGGUUUACGGAAGGCCCUGAGCAAGAGGAAUACGAGCUCAACGCGCAUGACCUCACACAUUUUGACGGCGAAGACCAAGGUAGUUUGAACCCCGUGGAAAUGCUGAUCAACGAUCGUAUCCGGAAAGAGGGGAAAUUGCGACGCGCGCACACGCGCAAGGUUACCAUGAAGCGGAAAGGCGGUCGAGGCUCCGCGAAUGGCAAAGUACAGGAUAGCCAGGCAAUGGCUAGCCAGCGCGCUGUGUACGAAGGGUGGGCGUCCACAGGUCGCGACGGGCCGCCCAUGGAUCCUGUUGUCGAGGGCUUAUGGAUGGACGCUAAGUCUGCGACGCAGAAGGCAAUGCUGGCAUCACCACAGCACGGUUCAUACGGGGAAAGUGUCAGCGGUUCGAGCAUUCCGAUCUCGCGUGGGGUAUCGCCAGUGCUGACCCCUUCGAUCGGCUCACGUGGCGAGGGGAUGCAAUCAGAAGCGCACUUGAUGGGCGAGGCGCCUCUCGAUGACGCAUGUCCGAUCGACUUGGACGAGCAAGAGGACAAUGACAUGCGCAUCUUGGCGGAGUUGGCGCGCCCCGGGCAUCCCAAACUGGACCGAGCCAUCCGCGAAGAAAUCCAGCGGAGCAAAGGACCUACGCUCGUCACUUGCUGUGGUCCUACCUCACUCUCCACGGUCAUUCGCAGCAUCGUCAGCAAUUGCAUCGACCCUCAGCGCAUUCGGUCUGGGGACACGCGCGGUUACGUCAAUGUUGUUUCAGAGUCUUAUGAGUGGGGUGAAUGA